AUGGAAGUUAGGAGGAGACAACACCACCAGCUGGCGAACCUGGCAACACCAGGGCCAGAGGUUGAGGAGUUUGCCAAUGCCUUGGAUGCUUGCUUAACAGCCGGUCUCAGCGUGCCGGAGAAGAAAGCUCGCAUUUUGGACCUCCCGCGCAAAUAUCACGAGAAUGCGAUUCGCCGGUUAGCGCACAAACGGCCCAAGAGUGUACGGGCCGGUAGUGAGGAUGUCGACAUGGACGUUGAUGAGCGAUACAACAGCGGCGGACAGUCAGAGAAGUCGGACGAGAUAGUGCAACUAGAAAAGGAGGUUGAAACAUGGGAUCUAUUCCGUCGGCUGCUUCCUCUGCGAUACGCCGAUUCCUCCAUUGAGCCUAUGCGAUUCUCGCCGUUUUCCGCUUCGAAACCCGCACAACGAGAUUACGUGGGCGAAUACCUGGAAACUGAUAGUAUUGCCAUGGAACGCCGUGCUGUUCUUCAAUGGCUGCAAACCAAUGCUGCCUCUGGUCCGGACAUUGACGAUCUGGCCCGAAAGCUUCAGCAAAAUGCCGACAGAGGAGACAUUAUUGCCCACGGUUGGCUGCACACCCGGUCAAAAAUCAAGCUUAGGAAAAGCAUGACGGCGUGGCCGCAUCUGCUAGAUCGUCAAUCACCAAAUGUGACUGCAUCACAUCUCAAUGCAGAUGGUGCACCGUUAGUUACCCAUCUCGACCCAGACGCCUCAACCCGACAGGGUCGCAAACUUGAACCGCAGGAUGAAUACUUUGAACGGGCCAUCUGGCUGGGCUGCUUCAAUCAUUUACGAAGAGGAAGCAGUCUAAAUGACAUUCGCGAAUGGUGCCAGGAGAGAACAGAGAUGUGGCGAGCUGUCUCCAUGUCGGCGAUGCCACUAUCUGUCGACGACAACCAAGGGCCAGCGACUACAACUGACCCGUCAGCUCUGGCCUUGUGGCGAAGAAUGUGCUUCGGAUUAGCCAGACAAGGCGGCUCCUCUGACUACGAGCGGGCAGUGUAUGGAGUGCUAUCAGGAGACAUCCUGAGUGUGGAAAAGGUAGCCCAGACGUGGGACGAUUAUCUCUUUGCCAACUACAACGCCCUGCUUCGAUCACAAAUCGAUACAUACAUGCUGUCCCAAUGCUCGUCAGGCGUAGCUUCAAACCUGACGCAGUCUUUCUCAUCCUUUGACGCUGUGCAAUUCCACGGCGACCAGGUCGGCAUUGAGAAGCGGCUGAUUGACUCGAUUUUGUCAAGACCAAACAUGGUGACGCAAGCCAGAGAGCCAAACAAGGCUCUGCAAGCAUCAUUCAUCGCAAAGGAACUAGAUCGACACCUGUUCGAACAAGGUCAAGUACUAACACGACGCGCAAAUGAAAUUAAGAAAUCUCACCUCAUUCGCCAGGGGCUAAGCGACAGCUACGAUAUUGUGGAGGAGAAGUUUUUCGAUUCUUCACAGCACAGCGGGCUACGAAUUAUUGCCCACAUAUUUGUGCUCGUCGCCUUGCUGAAGCGAUUUGACGGCCAAAAUCACAGAAUCGUCGAGCCAGAGUCCCCUCUGGAUAAGGGCUUCAUCCAAGAGAAUAUACUCGCUAGUUACACAGAUUACUUGCGGCGCUGCAAGCUCCAGGAACUCAUUCCGCUGUAUUGUUCGGUCUUGGAUAGCCCUAGAUCAUAUGAAAUUUUAGCCUGGAAUGUGAUCGAGGAACCUGAUGUCAAUAACCGCAUCAAGCAGCUCAAGCUCAUCAAGCACGCCGGAAUAGAUGUCCUGGCGUUCGUGGAGAGACAGGCAACCUUGUUAUUUGAGGAACUGGAUCAUGAUGCAACCUCGUUUGCUGCCGAGAAACUGUUUACCAUUUUGGGUAGUGGCCCAGCCACUUCUCGACACGGAAGGCCCAUUAAGCCCGACUUCUUUGGAGAAGAAGAGGACAAGGUUGAUAUUAAGGACGUGCAUAUGAUACGAUCACUAGAGUGGCUCCUGACGGUCGACGAAACUUGGCCGCAGGUGUUUUCUAUUGGCACAAAAGUGUACAAGUUCUUCCUCAGAAACUGUCGGUUAAACGCAGCUCGUCGCCUAAUGCAAAAGGUUUCCUUCAGCGAAAUCAUGCGUGACAUGACGGACCAAGACGAGGGAGACGUGGCCAUGUAUGACGACGUCGACUUCUGGGCUCAGCAACUGACACAGAGCGGCAUCCGAAAUCUGAGGCCAGAACAGGUCAUGGCUGAUGCAAAGAAUUACCGAGAACUCGAGGCUCUUGUUAAAGCUCUCGAUAGCCUCGAGACGAUGGCAUCGCUUGUCGUGAUAUCUGCCGAUGCCGACGCAUCCAACCGGGAAUUUUGGAGCGGUGUCGGCAACACUAUCGACUCAACCAAGGAAAACAUGCAACCCUUGCUACACAACUGGCUGCUGUCUGGAAUUGAAGCUGGUGACGAUGAACUCAAACAACUCCGAGAAGCAUACCUGCCAGAGACGAUUAUGGCCUACGUCAGCGCAUUACACUUUGCUGGGACAGGCUUGACACGCGACCACCUCCUGGAAUGUAUGGAGCUGGCUUCCGUUAUUGCGGAGAGGAAUUCCGAUUUGGCGGUUGCGUUUGUGAAGGCCGGGCGAAUGGCAGAGCUUGUCGAGUCAUUUACAGCGUGUAGCAAGGCAUUGGCUAUCGCGACAGGAGACAGCAAGAGGCCAGUGGGCUCGGUCAGCAAGCAGUUGCGAUAUAUGGGAUGGUCAAGGGAUCUGUGGUCUAUUAGAAAUUAG